CUGAUUGAAUUUUUCUUUCUUCACUUUGUUGUUGUUAUUUUCUUUCUCUCUUUCAAUUUGAUUAUUUUUCCAAUCUAUUGAUUAAUUGUUUGGUUUUCUAUUUUUUAAUUACAUUCACCAUGAGAAGAAUUAAACCAAAAGUAUCCGAAGAUGCCAACGCGGUUGUUAUCCCGCCGCCCGAAGGUGAAAGUGACAUGUUGAAAAUAACACCUUUGGGUGCCGGUCAAGAGGUUGGUAGAAGUUGCGUUUUAAUUGAAUUUAAGGAUAAGCGGAUUUUACUUGAUUGCGGAAUUCACCCUGGUCUGAACGGGAUCAACGCUUUGCCCUUUGUUGAUUGUGUCGAAGCCGAUCAAAUUGACCUUCUUCUUAUUUCUCACUUUCAUCUUGACCAUUGUGGAGCAUUACCUUGGUUUCUUACCAAAAGGGCUUUCAAAGGAAAAUGUUACAUGACUCAUGCAACUAAAGCAAUUUAUCGUUGGUUGUUGGCUGAUUGUAUUAAAGUUUCAAAUAUUUCAAGUGAAUCAAUGUUAUACAAUGAGGCUGAUUUAGAGGCAUCUAUGGAUCGUAUUGAUUUGAUUAAUUUCCAUGAGGAGAAAGAGGUAAAUGGAAUUCGUUUCUGGUGCUAUAAUGCAGGUCAUGUUCUUGGUGCUGCCAUGUUUAUGAUUGAAAUUGCUGGAGUUAAGGUUUUAUAUACUGGUGACUUUUCCCGUCAAGAGGAUAGACAUUUAAUGUCCGCUGAGAUUCCUGCAGUUCGUCCGGAUGUACUUAUAAUUGAAUCAACUUAUGGAACUCAUAUACAUGAGAAACGAGAGGAAAGAGAAACAAGAUUCACCAGUGUUGUUUACGAUACUGUUACUCGAGGUGGUCGAUGUUUGAUUCCCGUUUUUGCUCUUGGACGAGCUCAAGAGUUAUUACUUAUUCUUGAUGAGUAUUGGGGACAACAUCCUGAGCUUCAUGAUAUUCCCAUUUAUUAUGCUUCCUCGUUGGCCAAAAAAUGUAUGGCCGUUUAUCAGACUUACAUUCAUGCGAUGAAUGAAAAAAUCCGCCGCCAAAUUGCCAUUAAUAAUCCAUUUGUAUUUAAACAUAUUUCAAAUUUAAAGUCAAUUGACCACUUUGAAGAUGUCGGUCCUUGUGUGGUUAUGGCCACUCCUGGUAUGAUGCAAAGUGGCCUUUCCCGGGAACUCUUUGAAUCAUGGUGUUCAGAUGCUCGCAAUACUUGUAUCAUUGCGGGUUAUUGUGUUGAAGGAACUUUGGCCAAACAAAUACUCGCCGAACCUCAAGAAAUAACAACACUUGGCGGCCAAAAGAUUCCAAGAAACUGUCAAAUUGAAUAUAUCUCAUUUUCGGCUCACACUGAUUACAAUCAAACAAGUGAAUUUAUCCGAUCUUUGAGACCUCCUCACAUUGUCUUGGUCCAUGGAGAAGCAACCGAAAUGGGUCGAUUAAAAGCAGCACUUCAACGUGAAUACGAAGAUGAACCAACACCGCCGAUAGUUUAUAAUCCGAGUAACACAGUUUCGGUUAAACUUUAUUUCCGUGGUGAGAAAACAGCCAAAGUUAUGGGUUCUAUUGCAAUGGAACCACCAUAUCCAGGGAAAAGACUCUCUGGUAUAUUGGUUAAGCGUAACUUUAAUUAUCAUCUUCUUGACCCAACCGAUCUUAACAAAUACACUGAUCUCAACAAAAGUACAGUUAAUCAGCGAUUAAGUUUACACUUUAAAGGUACUUUUCAAGAUUUAACAACAAUCCUCAGUCAAUUUGAAUGGGAAAUUGUUGAAGGUAAAAAUAAUACCAAAGCGAUUAAAUUAUUCCGUCGUAUUGACAUAUCACUUAAUCCAAAGACAAAUGUCCUCACGUUGGAUUGGGUUGCAAGUCCAGUUUAUGACAUGUACAGUGACGCAGUGGUUGCACUUAUAUUGAAACAAUCGUCAAUCAAAUCGGAAAGUGAUGGUGAAAGUGCCGAGAAACGACCUCGACUUGCUGAAGAUUAUUUACUCGACGCUAUUAAGGAAAUGUUUUCAAUUGAUAAUCGUCCAGAGGUAAACAAUAAUAACGCUGAUGGUUCAACGAUCGAUCAAAAAAUAUACUCAUUUAUGGUUGAUGGUUCACGAGUUCGAGUUUCAUUAACCAAACAGGAGAUACUUUUAUGUGAAAGUGAUACAAUUAGAUCGAUGUUGAUCAAAUUGUUCACCUGUCCAGCUUCAUCGACAAUAACACAAUAGAGAGGAGAAAUUUUCUUUCUUGGAAGUACAAAAUUGAACGGCAACAAAAUGGGACAAGAAAAAGAGGCAGUAACACUUAUUGGGACCAUCAAAUGGAAUCGACAAUUAUCAUUGAUUCGUGUCUGGACUUAGCGAGUUGAAUAUUGGUCUUUUUUUAUUUAUUUUCAUAUCUAAAUCAUAUUUCUAAUUGUGAUUGGGAUGUUACGUUUAUCCAUAAUAUGGAUAACUUUCUGUGAGAGAGGAAACAUACACAAAGAUUUUAUUGAAAAAACUGUGAUUAUUGAAGUGAUUGGUAAUCUUACCGUAAUUGUCGAGAGUAUAUUGUGAAUUGUAUCGGGAAUCGUCAUCGUAGCCUCCCAUGUUUCUCAAUAAAAUUUGAGCUCUUCGUUGUUCAAUUGGACUCAAUGGUGGAGCAUAAGGAUAACGAUACUGACCCAUUGGCGAUUGUGAAAUGUAAGGUGAUUGUUUAGUUGGAUAAUAAGGAUAUUGUUGCUGUUGGAUGACUAUUGAAAGAUGACAAAUGAUAAUCAAUUUCAAGGAAAAUGAUGGAAAGAUAAUAAAACGAGAUUCGAAUCAUAGUUUGACAAAUUCGUACUCACAUCGAUCUGAUUUGUAACCGCCUUUUUGUCCGAUAACUGAACCAAUGGUGAAGAUGAAAAUGGAUACAACCUGAAGGAAAAACAGAAGAAAAAUAUUACAUUAAUUUACUGUUAUGAUGUAAAGUCGAUAACAAACAGAAUUGAAGACAUACCAAGACAGUCUUGAACAUCAUGAUUAGUUGAUUAAACUUGGUCAAUUUAACGAGGAAUCGCUUUAAGAUUGUGGAUAAACUGUUACUAUCGAAGUUACUUUUCGAAUUGAUAAUUUUCGUAACUAACCGAUGUCCUUUUAUAUGAAAGUGAAAGUAUUUAACCAAAUGCAUUUUCGAACUCGUCAAUCCAGUCAUGAUAAUCGUCGGUGUCUUCGUCUUAUCGAUAAUCAUCCUAUUGUUUAAACUUUUUCUCUCUCUCUCUUCAUGAUCUCAAAUUUAUCGUUGUCCAGUUUUAACAAUUUCUGAUGGACAAUCAACAGUCGUUAAUGAUAUCCCUGUUAAAAGCGAUCCCAUCAACACCAAGAUUCAGGAUAAACAAGAAGAAAGGAAAUCAAAUGUUAUUCAAUAUUCAUGCUGAGUUUUCAUCUUCCUCUCAUCAGUUGGCUUUUCAUAGUAAUCAAAGUGAUAUAUUAAAAUAUGAUUACAAUACUACCUUGAGCAUCUUAUCGGGUGUUUGUUUCGUCAAGGUCAUCAAACUGAUUGAAUUACAUGUACUGUAACCAAUCAUUUUCACAAAUUUCCCACCGAGCAACUGAAUUCAGUCCAAUUUUUUUCUUCUGGCCGCUCUGUCGUUUUCAUCAACAUUAGAUAGGAUUAAGGUCACUCUACGUAAAUCAUUUUGUUAACUGUUUCAAGACAAUCAACAGGCAUCGAAAAUCCAACCAACUAAUAAUCAUGCUGUUCACAAUCACCAUCCGAUCAUCACCUUAAUCAUCACGUUGCAAUUGAUGAUUAAGUUACAACCAAUUGUUACAAUCACAAUCUAUUCAAUUGUUAAAUCUCAAGACAUGAUGAUUUCCCACCUCAUCCUCAUCCUCCUCCUCUGUUCCCACUCCUAAAGGUUUACAACCUAACAGAAAACAAUCAAGGUUCAAUUGAGAAAAAAGAAUGACAAUUAAUUAAAUCAAUUCUUUUUUUUUUAUUUUCUAUUGUUAAAAACAAUCAAAUUUGCACACAAUUAUUAAAAAUCUUCCGCUAAUUUAAAACCAAC